UCAGGUAAAUACAGGUCAAUAAAACUUGAUUUUGGCGGGCCGGUCCAGCUGUUCGUGACGUCAUCACCGCUCAGUGUAAAAAUGGCUGCCACCAUCCGAGCUCUGACCCGCAUCACCGGUGUGACCCCAGUUGCUGCGAGGUCAUGCUAUGCAGUGACACGACCAAACUUAGCAGUAAAUGAGCACACACGAGUAAUCUGCCAGGGAUUUACUGGCAAGCAGGGAACCUUCCACUCUCGCCAAGCAAUUGAAUAUGGUACUCUGAUGGUGGGCGGGGUGUCGCCAGGCAAAGGUGGCAAGAAACAUCUCAAUUUAUCUGUGUUCAACUCCGUUGCUGAAGCCAAAGCCGCAACUGAUGCUGAUGCCUCUGUGAUCUAUGUUCCUCCUCCUGGUGCUGCUAAAGCAAUAUUAGAAGCUAUUGAAGCAGAGAUUGGACUAAUUGUAUGCAUCACAGAAGGCAUUCCACAGCAGGAUAUGGUCAGAGUCAAACAUGCUCUCCUCCGUCAAGAUAAGAGUCGGCUCAUUGGUCCCAAUUGCCCGGGUAUCAUUGCUCCAGAAAAGUGCAAGAUUGGCAUUAUGCCGGGACACAUUCACAAAAAGGGCUGUAUCGGCAUUGUGUCUCGGUCUGGAACCUUGACAUAUGAAGCAGUCCAUCAAACAACACUUGUGGGCCUUGGCCAGACACUCUGUAUUGGCAUUGGUGGUGAUCCCUUCAACGGCACAAAUUUUAUAGACUGUCUUGAAACCUUCCUUAGGUGUCCUGACACCAAGGGAAUCAUUCUCAUUGGUGAGAUUGGUGGCGGCGCCGAGGAAAAGGCUGCCGAGUACUUAAAGGAACACAAUUCCGGACCCGGUGCUAAACCUGUUGUAUCAUUUAUUGCUGGCUUAACAGCACCCCCAGGUCGUCGUAUGGGACAUGCUGGUGCCAUUAUUUCUGGUGGCAAGGGCGGAGCUAUUGAUAAGAUAAACGCCCUUGAAAAGGCUGGCGUUAUUGUGUCGAGGAGUCCAGCACAAAUGGGUAACCUGUUAAUGGAAGAGAUGAAACGAUUAGGGUUAACUGCUUAAGAAGCAAGCGAUGACAUUGAACUGUAGCUGAACCUGCUUCAUCAGCUGUAUACCUAUCCUCAUAUGUAUGUCUUGUUAAUGUUGCAAAUUGCUCGACAAUUAUGGUAGAAAUUGAAAUGCCGAGACUUUGAUUGCUCCGUGGGCAAAUUCUUCAUUAUAUUUCUUGUGGUCAAGAAUUUUGGCAGUCUCCUGGGGUUAGUUAGUUGUUUGUCAGGACGAUGUGUCCAAAAGUCGGAAGUUUUGCUCAGACUAACCAGUGUAAAUUAACUAUAAAACCACUAACAAGAAUGGUACUGUGUAUAGUCUUUUUUUUGUAUGUUAAACUUGAAAAAUAUUAGGUUUUUGUAUAUUUAAUGCAGUACAAUGCAAUUAGAUUUGAUUUAUAUGUUAAGCAGAAGUUAUUUGUUAAUGUGCAGCCCCAUGAAGAUUAAAUAAUCGUGGAGUACUGUUAGUUAUGUAUUUAGAUUUGUACACAAUUUUCAAAAUGAUCAAAUUUGCACUGUUAAUUCCAUAUACAGAAUAGCUACCUAUCAUUACAAGAUAUGUAAAUAUGUCUGAAAGAGUUUUAUUGAGAACUGUACUUCAUUCUUCUAUAAAUACAGGUAGUUUAAGAAAUAAAGUACAUGUUCUUA